AUGUCCUACAACCAUGAACUAUCAUCUCAAGCAUUUGAUAGUAUUCAUCCAUACUCUCGAACGUCUUCAACUACUCUUACACAGCCAUCGAUGUCGAAUUUUGGUAAUCCAGUUUACUCAUCAUCCGAUUCAUUUACACAUUCUUUUAAUCCCUCAACUUAUUCAAUGGAAUGUCUAAUAUCUCAACCAGUUUCAGUUUAUCCAACACAUAAUCAGUCAUUGAUCCAAACUGUUGUGCCAAGAUUAACAACUCCUCCUAUUUUGGCGUCAUCUACUGUAUCGAACCUAUCAGUACCCAGUAGAAGUGCUUAUUUUCAACCUAACCAUCUUAAUGUUCCAUCAACUACAACGCAUAAUGUGUCCUAUGUUACUACUGAAUACUCAACAUUAUAA